AGUACCAGCUCAGUGCACCUAUAAAUGUCCGACCCUUUUGGGACUGAGGCUAUUCACCUGUCUGAGCUGCUUUGGACGAAUUAUUUAUACAAAAGAGGCAAGCUGGCAGAGGGUUACAAUUUGAGCUAUAGGGAGGAGUCUAUCGCUUUGUUGUCAUUUUGAUGUACAUUACUGGUGUCAGGUUUCCUGAUUGUUUCAGAGAAAAACUAGGGAUUGAUCCUGAAUGGCUGCUGAAAAGUUCUCCAUGGUGGGAUAAAGUAGAGAGAAAGAUGCAUCACUGAUGCUCAUCUGGUGCAUACCCUGCUUCACCUUUGGCUGACAUGAGAAUUUGACUUCAAUGAGUGCUGCUACGGUUUUUAAAUCCUGAAGGACCCUUAGCCCAAUGGAGAAGAAAUACCCAGCAAUUGCCUGGAAAGAGAAAGGACCAGGACCUGGGCGCUAUGGAUUGCCUCCCACCAUUGGGUUUGUUGGCCACGACUUCACAAAACCAGCCAGCCCGGCCUACUCUUUCCACGGCAAGAUCAGUAAUAACAUGCUUUCUCUCGAUUCCAGUCCAGGGCCUCUGUAUCAUGUUGAUGCAAAAAUCACGCGCUUUGGAAAGGAUGGCACACCUGCAUAUUCAAUGUUGAGUAGAAUGAAAGCACAGAUAGAAGAGUCAUUCAGCACACCUGGACCUGGUACAUACAGUCCUGAGAAAGCUCCACCCUGCAACCUGCAGCGCAAACCGCCCUCCUACACGAUGGGCCGUCGUACCCGCUACCGUACCGUAGACCCGGUCCCCGCUCCCAACAAGUACAGCCUGCCUCCUCUCCUGGGAUCUCACAUCCCAAAUAAGAGAGCCAGCGCAAGUUACACUAUGCUGGGUACUUUCAGCACCGGGGGAGCAUCUGAAGAUUUAGCCAAGACUCCCGGACCCUGCCGAUACAACAGUACGGACCCUAGUGUGUAUCGACCGCGGCAGCCUGCGUUCUCCAUGUUGGGACGUCACGACGUACCCAAAGACAAGACCAAAAAGCCCGGUCCAGGGACGUACAACCCCGAGAACGUCACGGCUCACAAGACCAGAGCACCAGCAUACUCCAUGGGCGUCAGACACUCAGAAUUUGUCACGCCACUAGUGGUCGGGUUUUCUGACUAACAGAGUCAAAUAAACAAGCCUGGAAUUUUGAAAACAAAUAAAAAAACAAGCAACAACAUAUUGCAGUUAACAUUUUAUUUUGUUCUUUAAGUAACAAGGUACUUGUUUGCAACAUUUCGAACAUUUAAUAACAUUGAAUUUACAUAACGCAAACAAAAGUUUAACAGAAAAAAAACCCUAUAGUCACUCAGUACAUAAAUGCAUCUUGAAGAACAAGGAAAGACAUUAAAAAUUUGUUUAAAGUGUACAACGGACAAGUAAACAUUCCCCUUCAUAUAGUAGCAUAUACAAGGUUUUUAUUCACAGUGAACACAAGCAGCUUGCCUCUCAAUACAAGCAAAAAAAAGAAAAAAGAAAAA